AUGUAUAGUUCUUUAUUACAUCAACUAAACAUUAGUAGCAAGAUUUUUAUGUCAAAUUUUCAACAACAACAAAAAAAUUGUCGAAAUACUAGUGAAAUAAAAAUUGGCAGUGAUGAUGAUGAUGAUGAUGAUGAUGAUGAUGAUGAUGAUGAUGAUGAUGAUGAUGAUGAUGAUGAUGAUGAUGAUGAUGAUGAUGAUGAUGAUGAUGAUGAUGAUGAUGAUGAUGAUGAUGACAGGGUGUAUAAUAACAACAACAAUAACAAACUUGAAAUACAAUCGAUGUAUGGUAGACAGUUGGAUUAA